AUGAUAGAAAGUGACACCUCGUCCAGAAUGGCAGGAAUUAUUCAAAACUCAGGGCAAAGCCACCACCCCUCUCCACAGGAAUACAGGCUCCUGGCCAGCGCCGGCGAGGACGACCUUCCAGGCGACCUGCAGUCUCUGUCAUGGCUCACGGCUGUGGAUGUGCCGCGGCUGCAGCAGAUGGCAAGUAGCCGAGUGGACCUAGGCAGCCCCGGUGCACCACACCCACACCCAGGAGCCUUGGCAGGGGCAGCUGACCUACAUGUGGGCACCGCCCCAGGCCCCCUGCUCCACGGGCCAGUCACCAUGGCUGCCACAGGCAUCCUGGGCCUGGGGCCCCUGGCCAACCACGGAACCAACAUGAGCCCAUUCCCAGUGGGGGGCCCGCCCUCUGCCAGCCUGCAGGAGCCACAGCUGUACCCCCCCGCUGCUCCACCACCCUUCCCGUUCCCCCAGGGCCAGCAGUGCCCCCCUACGGGCCUGUACAGAUCCCCAUUUGGGGCACGGCCUCCAUACCCCCAGCCCCGCAUGGCUGGACACUCGUCGCAGGAACUGCACCCCAAACAUUACCCCAAGCCCAUCUACUCCUACAGCUGUCUUAUCGCCAUGGCUCUGAAGAACAGCAAGACGGGCAGCCUGCCCGUGAGUGAGAUCUACAGCUUCAUGAAGGAGCACUUUCCCUACUUCAAGACGGCCCCCGAUGGGUGGAAGAACUCCGUGCGGCACAACCUGUCCCUGAACAAGUGCUUCGAGAAGGUGGAGAACAAGACGAGCGGCUCCUCGCGCAAGGGCUGCCUGUGGGCGCUGAACGCGGCGCGCAUCGGGAAGAUGGAGGAGGAGAUGCACAAGGGGAAGCGGAAGGACCUCGCCGCCAUCCACCGCAGCAUGGCCAACCCGGAGGAGCUGGACAAGCUGAUUUCGGACCGGCCGGAGAGCUGCAGGUGUCCUGGCAAGCUGGGGAAGCCAGAGACCUCCCCGCUGACCCAUGCCACCCCGGUGGCCAUGGCCCACAGCUGCCUGGCUGUCCCCCAGCUCCCGCCCCAGCCCCUGGUGACCCUGUCCCUGCAGUCUGUCCCCCUGCACCACCAGGCACAGCCCCAGGCACAGCUGGCUCCGGGCUCACCGGCCCCAGCUCAGACCCCACCCCUGCAUACCCUGCCGGACCUGAGCCCUGGCCCCCUGCUGCACCCCACCCUGGGGCGGGCUGCUGUGGACUUCGUCAACAUCUCCACCGACAUGAACCCUGAGGUGGACGCCCUGAACCCCAGCAUCAUGGACUUUGCUCUGCAAGGGAACCUCUGGGAGGAGGUGAAGGACGAGAGCUUCAGCCUGGAUGCCCUGGGGGCCUUUGGAGAUGCCCCACUUGACUGUGACCUGGGGGACCCGGGCCUGACUCCCAUCUCCGGCAGCAGUCACCAGUCCCUCUCAGACGUGCAGGUGACCGGCCUCUAUACAGCAUACUCCAGCCCGGACAGAGUGGCGGCGCCGGCGGCCACCCCAUCCUCCCAGUACCUGGGCACCCCAGGGAACAAGCCCAUCGCCCUGCUGUGA